CUCCAUGACCGGUGCCGUCAUCAUCACCGCUAUGCUGUGCUUCGCCCUCGUCCUCCUCUAGGCCCCCGGCUUCAUCCCCCGCAUCCUCUGCACGCGCCGUACCCACGCCACUCCCACGCUUGCAACCCUUUUGCUCUGGUCUCUUGUCUGCGCCUUUUAUCUACUACUUCAAAUCGCGCACUCCCACUCCCGCCUGUCCUUCAAGGCCCCCGCUGCGAGCCCUCAACGCCACACCCUCGACUUCUCCACACAUCCCCUCCCACCAUGACGCGAAGAACAGUCUACGCCGCCGGCCUCGUCCUCACCUUGGCCUGCACCGUCAUGACCAUUGCAAGCAUCUCGAUGCCGCGCUGGGUCAGUUACAGCCCCAACGGCGAGCGCGAAUACUCGUAUGGCCUCCACACUCGCUGCUCGGCCAUCACAGGCACCUGUGUUUCCUUUCCCAAGUCGAGCGACUGCACAAAAGAUCCCUCAUUCUGCAACAUGUGGCGCACAGUUGGCUUCCUGACCUCCUUUGGUGUUGUCGUUGAGCUUUGCGCAAUCGUCGCUUUUGUCGUCAUCAUUUCUGGUGGUGUCCAGCGCAGGGCCGCUGGCUGGCAAGUUGCUGUCGGUGUCUUGACCUUUAGCGCCAUUGUCCAGUGUGCUGGCAUGGCUAUAGUCGCUUUCCUCUUUGACCAUGACGAUCGCUUCUGGAACGGCUGGCAUCUCGAUCUCUCCUGGUCUCUGUGCACUGCCAGCUGGACCAUCCUCAUCCUGACAUCCAUUGGCAUUGCCGCUUCCGCCUUUUAUCUGCCUGCCGAGGGCGACUACGAGCUCAUUCCCGAAGACUACUACGGUCCUCCAGACGAUCGGCUUCUUUCGCGCAUUUCGGCUUGGGACAACGGUUUCAAGGGCCCAGACUCCGGAAUGCAGUACAGCUAUCAGCGGGAUCAGGAUAGCAUGAGUGAUGUUGUCAGCAUCGCCGCCAGUAGCAUUGCUGCGAGCCAUAGACGGGAAAGUGAUGUUAGGAAAUAA